AUGCUAAUACCUGCCAGUAUGGUUGGAUACGCGUACCACCGGUACUACAAGUAUCUCAUUCUGGAGAAGAUGGAAAACGCCUUCAAACCGGGUGAUCCGGCCCUCGAGCUGGCCGGUGUGGAAGACGGAAAGCACCAGUCUACCUACGAGGAGCAUUGGGUGCAUCGCGAUGAGCAAGCCAGAAUGGAUAGAAUUAUCUCCGGUAACGCUGGAGGUCGGUAUUACCUACUGAUCGGUGAAAAGGGGACCGGAAAGACGUCGAUGCUUCUUGAGGCAAUGCGUAAGAUUGACGGCGAGGGCUGUGCCAUGUUCGAAGCUCAUGCUGAUCUGGAGCUUUUCCGAAUUCGUCUGGGAAAGGCUUUGGACUACGAGUUCCAUGAAGAUUAUAUCGGCAGUCUCUUCAGUAUCAAAGGACCUCGGGAUACUACUGCUCUCCUUGAUAUCGAACGCGCUUUCAACAAACUGGAAAAGGUUGCUCUUGCCAGAAGACGCAGCAAGAAGUCGCCUUUGGUCUUGAUAAUUAACAGCGCGCACCUGAUCCGAGAUGAUCACGAUGGCCAGGAUCUGCUUGAGGCGAUCCAGCAACGGGCCGAACAGUGGGCUGCAAGUGGGCUUGUGACAACAGUCCUAAACAGCGACGAGUACUGGGUGUAUGAACGCCUGAAGAAGUACGCUACCAGAAUGGAGGUCAUCCCGGUGCGCGACCUCCCGAAAGACCGAGCAAUGGAAGCCCUGAGGAAGUACCGCAAGCAGUAUUUUGGCCAGGAAUUGACCCACGAGGAACUUGAGGAGGUGUACAAUCUCGUCGGCGGACGAUUGUCCUACCUCAACCGAGUGGCCAAGGCCCUAGACUACAAGAAGCUCUGUGAGAGCAUCUGCGAGGCCGAGAAGACGUGGUUCCUCAACAAGUGCUGGAUCCUGGGUCCUGAGAUGGAUGACGAUGUGAUGGACCAACAGAAAUAUGCUUCUGCGGCAAUGGUGCUGGCGAAAGCACUUGUGGACAAAGGAGAGGAAAUGGACAGGACGUAUGAUCCGAAGCUGGGCCACAUUCUCCCAGAGAUCCCUCUCCAUGAAGCGCGACAGAUCAUGACGCGCGCGGACUUCAUCCAGAGCUACGAUCACGAGAACAUUUUCACCAUCGAUUCGCGGGCGAUGGUGCGUGCGGAUUCGGUGCCCAUGCAGAAUGCGUUCAAGGAGAUCUGUGGCUGGCCAAGAUUCGACGAGCACCUGGAAGGCACUCUUACGCGCAUUGGAGACAUUGAGAGCUUGGGACGUACUCGGGAGCUGACGAUCAAGGACCUCUGGAACCAAGGCAAGUAUCAACUGGUCAUGCGGGACCACAAGGGUCGUGAGCAGGCAAUGGCUCCCCGCAAGAAAGAAGUCCUCUCCGCGGUAACAGCAGCCGACGACGAUACCGCAGAGAAGACGACGCGCCAACUGCGUCACAAGACGCGCCUGGACCGCAUCCACCCCGCAGUGCGCUUCGUCCUCGCCGUGCUCGGUAGCUUGACAUUAAGCUCGACGCUCUUCUCCCUAACGACGGGGAUCACCCUCGGCGAACUAGGCCGCGUCAGUAAACACCUCGAGACAUGGUGGGAAGUAGGAGGUCUGAUGGCCUGGAAGGCCGUCGAGGUUGGACUUGCCUGGAUCAUGGGCUUUGACGGCCGCGACGUCCUCUCCUUCACUUACCUCACCCACCUCCCCACCUUCAGUCUCCUCUCGACCUUCUACAGCCUGCGCCCAACGACAAUCCUAACCAGCUACUUCAUCACUCUCCUCUCCACCACUCUCCCCUUCGUCCUCCUUCGCAACCUCACUCCCAUCCACUCUUUCUCGGAUUCCACGCGCAUCCCUAACCGGUCCAUCCUCAACGACCGCCCGACAACCAUCUACACCACCAUCGCCGCGGCCGCCAUCUUCACCGUCACCCUCUCCCUCAGCUACGCCACGCCCUGGCUCCCCACCACCCUCGUCACCCACUUCCAAGACAUCCCGGACGUCACCGCCAUCCACGCCGGUCCCGCCGCUCUUCCGGGCCUAUUCCUUUCCCUUCUCCCAGCUGGCCUGGCGGCGCGCGAUUUCCUCUUCGCCAGCUCUACCGGUGCAUCCUCCAGGAACUCCAAGAAGAACAGCAACAACAACAACAAGAACAAGGAGGGGACAUCCAGCCCCGAAGGCGAGUACCUAGCCUACACCGUCUACCGCAAAACAUGGGGUACCCUGUCCCGCAAGACGCAAGUGCUGGUGUCCCGCACAGUUCUGCUAGCAAGCAUGUUGUUCGCCAACACAGUUGUGCAGGUCGCAGGGACAGUGAACCAGGUAGACGCCGAAGGCGCAAUGGUCUGGGGUGCAGUGUGGGCCAUCGCGGCGGUUAUUACAGGCGCGAUGUUCGGAUGGAUUGAGGCCGUGGAUGGAGUAUGA